AUGAGGCGCCUGGAAGGAAGGAAGCACCGGAUUGGCUCCGGAGGAAAUUCCGCCCGGCGCCGGGGGCGCACAACAACGCCGCCGACGCGAGUCGAGCCCGACCGACGGCAGCGACCGCGGCCGGGACCCCUCGCGGCUGCCGGCACCACGCACGCUGACGACGACGCCCCCGACCAGCGCGUGGCAUCAGUGUGCGAGCAGCGCGCCGAGGAGGGACGGCCCGCAGCCGCCGGCGCACGCAGCAGCAGCGCCUCGUGCGGGGGCAUGCUGGAGGCGAGCAGCGCGUGUCCGCUCGGCGACUUGGGCAAAGUGGUGAAGCUCGAGGAGUGGGCCGCGGCGGCCGCCGCCCCGCCGGGCGCCUACCGCUACCCGCACCACCACCUGCACCCGCCGACGCCGCAGCCAGGACCAGCACCGGCUGGCCGACAGGUGGGCCGCUACGCCACCAGCGCAGGGGUGCCCGGGGAGCCGACACUCAAGGGCUCCCCGGGUCCCGUGGACUCCUCGCUGUUGGUCAGCUUCAGGGACAGGUACUUGGGUGCUUCGGCUCCACCCUUCGGGGGCAUGGGUCCGUUCCUGGGGCCACCGCCACCCCCGCACUUCCUGGGCUCUGCGGCCGAGUCCGUGGCCUCCAAGGGCACCUCCGAGGUUGCACGAAGACCCGCGGGCCGCGGAUCGGCAUCGGCCAGCCCUGCGAGCCCCGCUGGAGGUUCGUUGGCCCCUCCACACGUCACCAGGCCCGCACUGCCACCCUCCGCAACUUCGGCCGCGGGGACAGACAAGAGAUCUUUCGCAGCGAAUGAACAUUCGUCUGGCGGUGGCAGCGCGGGGUCAAACAACAACGACGGCCCAGGGGGUCGAACUGCGGCCAAGGCCUACGCGUCGACACCCGACAGUCACCCGUUGCGGCUGACCAAGGACGAAACGUCGUACAAGGCCGCAUGGGGAUCACCAUCUCCAACUCAAGCACAAGGUUACCCACACAACGCCCUGCCAGCUAUGCCAAAGAAUGCUCUUGACGCUCAUACCCACAAUCAUCUGCGCAACAUGCAAGAUCCGUACCAGGUAUUUGGACCCACAAGUAGCAGGCUCGCCAGCUCAGGCAGCGGCCAGAUCCAACUGUGGCAGUUCCUGCUCGAGCUCCUGUCGGACAGCAGCAACGCCAGCUGCAUUACCUGGGAAGGCACCAACGGCGAGUUCAAGCUCACCGACCCGGACGAAGUGGCGCGGCGCUGGGGCGAGCGCAAGAGCAAGCCCAACAUGAACUACGACAAGCUUAGCAGGGCGCUUCGCUAUUACUACGACAAGAACAUCAUGACCAAGGUGCACGGCAAGCGGUACGCCUAUCGCUUCGACUUCCAGGGCCUGGCACAGGCCACGCAGCCGCCGUCGGCCGCCGCCGCAGCCGCCGCGGCCGCCGACCCGGCGGCCUACAAGUACCACCACCACCAAUCGUCGGCCAGCGAUCUGUUCGGCUACCACGCCAGCCCCAAGCUCAACUUUCCCUCCACCACGGGAUCGCUGUUCCCGUCGCCUAGCCCGUACUGGACGUCGCCAAAUAACCUGUACGCCUCAUCGCACCACUCCAUGCCGCACCCGGGACACAUCGGCUCCUAUCCGCACUACGCGUGACUCCCGAUGUAAGCGGGCUUGCCGGACGCUGCGCGAUCGGACCUGGAAGCGCGACCCACGCUCGUGUCUGUGUGUGUGUGUGCGCGCGCGCGCCCCGGAACCUGGCGGCGCGUCGACAAUGUACGGGGGUGCCUGACCCCUGUGUACCAUCAUGCGAGCCCGCGCAGGUCACCCUAGUCUUGUAUAAGCUGCGCCACAACCCGAUUGAGGCCGGUCCCGAGAAAUGUAGCGGCGAGCGCUCAGCUGCCGCAAAUUUCGAGGGCUUGAUCUGAUUGCGGUUCUAGUCUGUGACACAGUGAAAGCGACCGACAAAAGUGUGGUUCCGCUCUGAUGUUUCUGGUGAGGUCAUGAAUCUCCUAUAUUGUGAGGCUGCAGAAUCCCAGAAUUAAGUAAAAUGACAUCAUCGCUACGGCGAUCUUUCGUGCUGAAAGGACAAGGUUGCUAUUUUUCCGGGAGUCAUCGCUGUCGACGCUGCGGUCGUACGGAGGGGAACAUUGGGUAACCCUAGUGCUUGAGGAACGUUCUUGUCGUGCUUUCGGCGCCGCCAAGCGACGAAGAUGGCCUCGGAAAAAAAAGCUUGAGCAACCUCGGGGAGAGCGCAUCAUGCGCCCCCGUCUAGCCUCCCGUGUGUCCACAAAAUCUGGGCCUUUGUCCUACUCGCAACUUCACCGCAGACUGCACGAAGUGCCGCCCUGUCCACGGUCGAUGCAGCAGAAGUGGGCGCUCGGCUGCGCCUACGCCAGCGGUGGCGCCACUUUUUCGUGUGUGUGUUGAACGAAUACGUACCCAGGGUUUUGCUGAUAGCUGUCACAUUGCAACGCCGUGUAACUUCUUGUACUCAACGGCAAAAUAUAAGUUUUGUAAAUAUUAGAGUAUGUCGUCUAAUGACUCCCGCCGUCGAAGUCACCAGUACUUCGAUUUUUGUCUUCAGAAGCGUAUCCGAAGUGAGAAAAGAGAAAAAAAAAAGUAACGAGCAGGGAUCGUGGUGGAAUGGCAAAGUCACGACCCGCAUUUGGGCAGGUGGAUCGAGAUGUGGUAAAAUUGCGGAAUCAAAAGCGAUAGCCACAAAGUGAUCGACUUAAAUAUGUAGUCGUUCAGUGUUUCGGGUUGACCACUCCAGCUUUAUAAAGAAAAAAAAACAAUUUCGUCCAGCGGUAUAGUACUUUUCUAUUCUUCUAUACGUUUUGUUUUCGUGGUUUCUCGGUUAGUUUAAGCGUUGAGAUAUGCGUUCACAUCAAACAGCCUUGUUUGGAACAAGAAAUAAAAAAAAAACCUGAUUGUUUAAUAUAUGCAUCUGGGCAGCACGUUGAAUUAACAAGUAUAAGGAAGGCCUGAUACUUGUUUCUCCGUGCUGUUUUAAACAUUUAUGCACGAAGAGGAAGAAUACAGGUUAUAAGAAAGCUACGUGGUUAUUUCAUCAGUUGGCUGAUAAAAAACAAACUUGCUUUGUGCAAGUUGUCAGGUCUAGCCUCCCCCCUCCUCCCUCCUCCCCCGCCUCCAUGAACACUUGCUAUUAAAUUUUUUUUCUUUCCUUUUUUUCUUUUUUCUUAUCCCGAUAAGGUGCCCGAGUAGCACUAUUGAGCUAUAAUGAAGAGGGGAAACCUUUUCUACAUUUCAGCUAAAGUAUGUGCAAGGAUAAUGACUCGGCACAUUAUUGAAAAUGUCAUAAUCUGGGGACAUCUAAUGCGGCCAGCACUUGUGUGUCACUAUACAAAGAGCGCUCCCCUUUAAGCGCACGUGUACAUUCAGCAAAAGGACAACGUGGUCUCGCAGAGUUUAUUUACUCGUUUCCUUCGUAUUUAGUACCUUCUGUGAUCUUUUUAAUUGCGCGGUAUUUGUGACUUUUUGCAACUGUCAUAUGAGAAAGAUCACUGUGAUUUCUGAACUGUGUUCGCAUGAAAACUGCUGGAACUUUGUCUGUUUUGCUUUGAUAAAGAUUCAAAAGUUGCCAUAUAUAAGUUUGUUUUUCUUUAAAUACUGCAUAAACUCAAAGUAAGCCAAGUGACUUCAUGAUCCAUGCUUGUCAUUCUCUACAUAAAGUUGCAACAUUUAAUUUCACAGUGAAGCGGUUUGGCGUUUUACAGAAAGUCAGUUUCUUGUAUGUUUGUUCUUUUGUCGUCACUGCACAAUGCUUUUAUGAAAUGGACCCUAAUUAAGCUAGGUUUGUGGUGUUCAUUACGGUAUGAUUCAAUUUUCAUGGAACAAAUUUUGUCAUAAUGCAUUGAAAUGUCGAAUAUACCGUCUUUAUAUCCUAGUCCCGCUCCUUGUGCUUGACUUUUAAUUGAUGCCUCUCUUCGAAGAUCUCCGUCGAGUUUUGGCGAAUGUCUACCAAAUUAGAGCCAAAGACGAAUUUUAAUUGUACGCUUACGCUUUGCUUUUAUUUAUUUUUCCUUUUUGUGCCUAAAUUUGGCUAUUCUUGUAGGUGAAGCAUUGAGAAAUAUAACAUCGCUUGGUUUUAUAUAAUCAUUGAAUAACUAACGCGUUUUAAAUACAUAUUGGCGUCUUUUUCCCCUGCGGAACCGAAACUCAACAAAACUGCGAGACGUUUCUGCAUCAAGGCUAGUCAGUUUCUUUUUCUUGCUUAGUUUUGACGUUGAAGUGAGACGUUGUCGCUCACAAUUUUUUAACAUCACUACAUCUGAAAUUCCACAGGACUACGAGGAGUUAACGAACUCAGUACUAUUAGCCAUGUGCUGCUUCAAAUUUCUGAAAAGAUUAUUUACAGCCAUCCUUGUAGAAUGUUUGGUUAGCACGUCAUACUACCACCUCGUUUCAGUUGUUCACUUCAGUGUAGGAAUCUAGUAUAUUGUCAACUGGCUCUUACUUCCAAGCACAGUGUCCAAAUCUCAAUGGCUACCAUGGAGAGCUUUUCAAAGCUUGCCGUACGAUGCUUAGUGGCAAAAAAAAAUACAAUGCUAUGAACACUUAAUUCUGAGAAGAAAGCCUGUGUUUUAACAAACAUAGUGCUUGAUUUAGAUUUAUUAAGUAUUUUCAUAUAGCAUAUAUUGGCCUGUCUUCGUUUGAAUGCCCAUAACUACUGCGUUCACUGUCAAUAGCCGUCAAGUCGAAGCAAUUGCUUUAACACUUAUUAUGGCAUACAUUUGAUACGCCCUCCGCUCAGAGACAGAUCACGUGAUACUUGAGUGACUAAAGAAAUACACUUCGCAGGCGUAAAGUGGAACAUCAUAUUCAAGAACGCGACGUCUUGUGUGCUCUAAAAGCAACUGUGGCCAUAUUUAUACAUCAUAAAAGUAAUCUAGGUGCAACGCUUGCUCUCUUUCUGGUAAAUCAAAGACCAGAUUUAGGCUUUAUGUUGGCAGGGCACGAGGCUAGUCUUUCUGUAUAUCUUGAUAGUGUAAAGGAAAAGCAAAGAAAAAGAUUACAUGAGCAUCGUCGAAUAGCGCCCAUCUUUACGGAUUUCUAGAGGCUCAAACACUGUGAUUUCGAAUGAGUGUAGUCUUGACAUUAAAUGUGAAAUUUGAUGGCCAAAAGUUUCGAGCGAGAUAUUAUCAAUUUAAGCUGGACCUUGUAUUUGUAUGCUGAUUUAUUUAUUCGAUUGUGUGUAUUAUAAUAAUACUGUACAUUUUGUCACGAGCUGUGAAAUCUUUUUGUUAACUUACUUUUGACUCACAAUAAAAACAGUCAACCACGUUUUCUGUA